AUGAAGCUCAACACUGAAGAAGACAAUAAUAUACAUAUUAACAGUGAGAGUCGUCAACAAAUCAACGGCAAUAAAAUUAAAAAUAGCCAAGAGGUGAAAAACAACAAUGGCAAUACAGUUCAACUUGUGCCCAACGCUCAAAAAAAAAAUUUGAAACAAAUCAGAAUAAUUCAAUCGUUGCCGUUACGAACAAACGAAAUUAAAUUAUUGGAAUUAGAACAAUCACUAUUAAAAGAAGAAAGAGAUGAAAUAAACAACAGAUAUUUGCAUCAAGCUGAAAUAAUAAGAACGCUAAGGAAAAAAGAGCAAGAUCUUAAAAAUAAAACUGGAAUUUCAGAAAUCUCGGCGAAUAUUCAGCAGUAUCUCGAAAACAGAACAAGUAAUGUUAGUGAGCUGAUAAAAUCGCAGGCAGUGAAGACAACCGAAGAAAGAUUACCGAAUAUAAGAUCAGAAAUUUCCGUUUCUAAGUCAAAUGAUUCAACUUCUAAAGCUAACAUCCGACUGAAAUCACUCGCAUUUCAAUUUUUUUAUGGGAAUAAUAUUGCUUCAAUAAAAAUGUGUAAAAAGAGACGUUCACAACAAAUUAUAAAUCAUUCGGUAAGAAGCCUAUUCCUCUCUUCUGCGGUUUAA